AUGGCCGAUAUCGAUGUGGACAAUGCUUCUUUGGAGCAGUUGAGAGACGUUUUAUGUAACAAGUCUGGUGACGUUGCCCUUGCCAACAGAUUCAGAGCCCUCUUCAACUUGAAGAACAUCGGCGCUGACUCUGAGGAUAAGGAAACCGUCCACAAGGCCAUCGACUACAUUGCUGAAUGCUUCCACGAUGAGUCGGAAUUGCUCAAGCACGAGGUUGCCUAUGUGUUGGGUCAGAUUAGAGAUAUCUACGCCAACAAGCACUUGAAGGCCGUUUUGGCUGACGCCAACCAACAGGUCAUGGUCAGACACGAGGCUGCUGAAGCCAUGGGUGCUAUUGGUAACGCCGAGGUCUUGGAGAUGUUGGAAGACUACUACAAGAACGACCCAUCCGUUGAGAUUAGAGAGACCUGUGAGCUCGCCAUUGAGAGAAUCAACUGGGAGAACUCUGAGAAGGCUAAGGCUGAGAACUUGGAAAAGUCUGCCUUCACCUCUAUUGACCCAGCCCCUCCAUUGGCUAUUGACCAGGAAGCUAAGGUUGAGAAGUUGCAAAAGCUUUUGAACGACCAGGACAAGUCUUUGUUCGAGAGAUACAGAGCUAUGUUCAGAUUGAGAGACUUGGGUACUGACGAGGCUGCUCUUGCCUUGGCUACCGGUUUCGACGACCCUUCUGCUUUGUUCAGACACGAGAUUGCUUACGUUUUCGGUCAGUUGUGUAACCCAGUCACUGUUCCAUCUUUGAUCAAGGUCUUGAAGAACCUGAGUGAAGCUGGUAUGGUUAGACACGAGGCUGCUGAGGCCUUGGGCUCUAUUGCCACUGACGAGUGCUUGCCAGUCCUCAAGUCUUUCUUGAACGACCUGGAGAAGGUUGUCAGAGACAGCGCUAUCGUCGCUCUAGACAUGUACGAGUACGAGAACUCCAACGAGUUGGAGUACACUACCGUCAAGACGUAA